GUGAAGACGGAGGCACAGAAGAUCCACUGGAGGACAACAGAAUCCGACCACUGCUGAUUUUUUGCAACUGCUUUCUUUUCUACCCAUUGCCUUCUUACUUAUUCCUUCACGCUCGCAGCCAGACAAAAUUGGACCAGUAUGCUCUGGGCUGCACUGCUAGUGGCAUUGCUGUGUGGUGCACAUUGCCUGCCAGUAGACUGGCAACCAGGGAUGUACCCCAGCACAGAGGAAGGAGCGAAACAAUUUGUUGAUGAAUAUAAUUCAACGGCAGAGGAGGUUUUCUUCUACAGCACCAGUGCCAGCUGGGCAUACAACACCAACCUGACUGAAGAGAACUCCAAAAUACAGGUUGAAGCCUCCUUAGAGGAACAGGCCUUCACAGAAGCCUGGGGGAAGAAGGCGAAAGAAGUCUUUCCUGAGGCUGUGCUGGACACGUUCAUAGACACGCAGCUUAAGAAACUCAUAAAGGGUAUCAGUAUCCUCGGCCCUGCUAAUCUAGCUCCAGCAGAGAGAGAGAAGUACAACAGCAUUCUGAGUAAGAUGGACAACAUAUACUCCACAGCAAAAGUGUGCCCCCCAGGACAGGAGAUAAACUGCUGGUCAUUGGAGCCCGAGCUGACUCAGAUCAUGGCAACCUCACGGAGCUACAAGAAGCUGCUCUAUGCCUGGGAGGGCUGGCACAACAACUCUGGCAUGCCUCUGAAAACAGUGUACCCAGAUUUUGUUGAACUCAGCAACAAUGCCUCUCGCAUGGAUGGCUUUAAAGACACCGGGGACUACUGGCGAUCCUGGUAUGACUCACCUAACUUUGAAGAAGACUUGGAGAGGAUUUACAAGCAGUUGGAGCCACUGUACCAGAAUCUGCAUGCAUUCGUGCGCCGCAAACUGUAUGAACGUUAUGGCCCAAAGUACAUCAACCUCAACGGACCCAUCCCAGCACAUCUCUUAGGAAACAUGUGGGCACAAACUUGGAACAACAUCUAUGACAUGAUGAUCCCCUUCCCAGGGAAGCCCAAUGUUGAUGUCACGGAUGCUAUGAUUGCACAAGACUGGACCACCACAAAAAUGUUCAGAGUCUCAGAUGAGUUCUUCACUUCACUGGGUCUGGAAAAGAUGCCAGAUGAAUUUUGGAACAUGUCCAUGCUAGAGAAGCCAAAUGAUGGACGUGAGGUGGUGUGCCAUGCCUCUGCCUGGGAUUUCUACAACCGCAAGGACUUUAGAAUCAAACAGUGCACCACAGUGACCAUGGAACAGCUCUUCACUGUGCACCAUGAGAUGGGCCACAUUGAAUAUUAUCUGCAGUACAAAGACCAGCCUGUCAGCUUCCGUGGUGGUGCGAAUCCAGGAUUUCAUGAAGCAAUUGGUGAUGUGCUGUCUCUCUCUGUCUCGACUCCAAAACACCUGAAGAAGAUUGGCCUGCUGGAGAACCUGGUUGAAGAUCAUGAGAGUGAUCUUAACUACCUAUUGAAGAUGGCUCUGGAGAAGAUAGCCUUCCUGCCUUUUGGGUUCCUCAUUGACCAGUGGAGAUGGGGAGUAUUCAGUGGCAAGACCCCCCCUGAGCGCUACAAUGCAGAUUGGUGGUAUCUGAGAACUAAAUACCAAGGAAUCUGCCCUCCAACAAAGCGCACAGAGGAACAUUUUGAUGCUGCUGCCAAAUACCAUAUCCCUGGAAACACACCAUAUAUCAGAUAUUUUGUGAGCUUUAUUCUGCAGUUCCAGUUCCAUGAGAGGUUGUGCCAGGCAGCCAACCACACAGGGCCAUUGCACCAGUGCGACAUUUUCCAAUCCACUGAAGCAGGCAAAAUCCUGGAAACGGUCCUGAAAGCAGGUUCAUCCAGACCAUGGAGAGAAGUUCUGAUGGAAGCUGUGGGGACUGGUGAGAUGGAUGCCAGUGCCCUCAUGAAGUAUUUUCAGCCCAUCACUGAGUGGCUGAAGAUGGAGAAUAAGAAUGAGACCCUGGGCUGGCCUGACUUUGAGUGGAGGCCACCAAUGCCAGAGGGCUACCCUGAAGACAUUGAUAAGAUUGCAGAUGAAGCACAGGCCAAGAAAUUCCUGGCUGAAUUCAACAGUACAGCAGAAGUUGUGUGGAAUGCCUAUACAGAGGCCUCCUGGGCAUAUAAUACAAACAUAACUGAAGAAAACAAAAAAAUCAUGCUGCAGAAGAACUUAGAAAUGUCUAACCACACACUGAGAUAUGGGUUGGAGGCACAGAAGUUUGACACAACAGACUUUCAGGAUCCAUCUGUGAAACGAAUCCUGAAAAAGCUUAGCGACAUUGAAAGGGCAAGACUUCCAGAGGAGGAAUUAAAGGAGUACAACAAUCUACUCGCCACCAUGGAGACAAAAUACAGUGUAGCACAAGCUUGCAGGGAUAACGGAGAGUGUCUCCCCUUGGAACCAGACCUCACCAAGAUCAUGGCUGAAAUCAGAGACUACGAUGAGCUCCUGUUUGCCUGGCAGGGCUGGCGCAAUGCUUCUGGCAAGGGUCUUCGACAAGACUACAAGAGAUACGUGGAGCUGGCCAACAAGGCUGCUAGACUUAAUGGUCAUGCUGACAAUGGGGCAUUCUGGCGCUCCCUGUAUGAGACAACAACAUUUGAAGAGGAUCUUGAGAGACUGUGGAAGGAGCUUGAGCCACUCUAUCUCAAUGUGCAUGCAUAUGUUCGCAGAGUGCUCUUUAAACAUUAUGGACCUGACCGAAUCAACCUGAGAGGUCCUAUUCCAGUACAUCUUCUGGGUAACAUGUGGGCCCAGUCUUGGGCUGCAAUAAUGGACUUGGCAGUCCCAUAUCCAGAUGCUACUCAAGUAGAUGCUACCCCUGCCAUGAUAGCUAAGAAAUGGGAUGCCAGAAAGAUGUUUAAUGAGUCUGACAGAUUCUUCACCUCUCUGGGUUUGAUCCCUAUGCCCCCUGAGUUCUGGGACAAAUCCAUGUUGGAAAAGCCAACUGAUGGCCGAAAUGUGGUUUGCCAUGCCUCCGCCUGGGACUUCUACAAUCGUAAGGACUUCAGGGUCAAACAGUGCACAGUGGUGACCAUGGAUGAUCUCAUUACGGUUCACCACGAGAUGGGUCAUGUACAGUACUUCCUGCAAUAUAAAGAACAGCCCAUUUCCUUCAGAGAAGGAGCCAACCCAGGAUUCCAUGAAGCUAUUGGUGAUGUGAUGGCUCUGUCUGUCUCCACACCAAUGCAUCUGCACAGCAUUGGUCUUCUGGACAAUGCAGAAUCCUCAUAUGAGAGUGACAUUAAUUACUUGAUGAGCAUUGCUCUGGACAAAAUCGCCUUCCUGCCUUUCGGCUACUUGAUGGACCAGUGGAGGUGGAAGGUGUUUGAUGGGCGGAUUUCUGAAAAGGACUAUAACAAGGAGUGGUGGAAUCUGAGGCUGAAGUAUCAGGGUCUGUGCCCACCAGUAGCCCGCAGUGAAGAGGAUUUUGAUCCGGGCUCAAAAUUCCACAUACCAGCCAAUGUCCCAUAUGUCAGGUAUUUUGUGAGCUUUGUCAUCCAGUUCCAGUUCCACCAGGCCCUGUGCCAAGCGGCCAAUCAUGUUGGCCCACUCCACACUUGCGACAUCUAUCAAUCAAAGGCCGCUGGGAAGCUACUGGGAGAUGUGAUGAAGCUUGGCUUCAGCAAGCCUUGGCCGGAAGCCAUGACUAUGAUCACUGGUCAGCCCAACAUGUCUGCGCAGGCAUUAAUUGAAUACUUCCAGCCUCUCAUCAAGUGGCUGGAGACAGAAAACAACAAAAACAAUGAUGUCCGUGGCUGGCCUGAGUAUAACUGGAAACCAUUCGCUCAAAGCACAGAAGAGAAAAAAGUGGACUUCCUUGGAUUAAGUGUAGACAGUGCUGCAGCUGUGGCAGGCCAGUGGGUCCUACUGGUGCUGGGAUUGGUGUUGCUGCUUGCAACCAUCUUUAUGGGCUAUAAGAACUAUAAAGCAAAGAAGUUGGCAAAGUCCUCCUCUAUAAUUAAGCUAGAUUCCACAGAACAAAGCAAUAAAUUAUAGGCCUCUUUCACUUCCUGAAUCAGUGCUGAUUUGUGAAUGUUUGGUUCAUGUCCACCUGCUUCCCUGUUGAAUGUCUUAUAAUUUUUUUAAAAUUCAGGUCAGAAUUGUUUGACUAUGCAAAGAAGCAGUUCUGUAAUUUAUUUGCUGCAUUGAAUAAUGGAAGAAGAUAUUCAGUCUUUUGUGUAUAAAUUUUGUGUGACUUAAAACUUAAAAUGUAUUCCUAAAUAUUUGCCUUUAUACAAUAAAAUUAAAUAUGUUUACUGUCUCACUUUGCCCUUACAAAGAAAUUAUGAGCAGGAAAUAUGAAUUAAAUAAUGAAUCCCUGCAAUGGACUAGCA